GCCGGGGGGCGCAGCGCCGCCGCCAUCUUGACUGAGCCGCUCUGCUGCUGCGGCCGCCGAGCCCCGCGCAUGACGGAGCUUCUCCCCCGGUCCUAGCCCGGUCCCCUCCGGCCCCCCGGGUCCCGGAGCCCCGGUCCCCCCGGUCCCCCCGGUCCCUGCAGGAAGCCCCGCCGACCCCCCCGGGUCCUCCGGUCCUCCGUCCCCGACCAGGGCGGGCCCUGGGCGGCCACCAUGGCCGGCUGAGCCGCGGCCUGCACCGGAACCACCCGGAACCCGGACUAACCCGCACUUUGGACCGUUUCUCUCCGUGUUUGGGCCCGUUUCUCGUGAGUGUUGUGGGCGGAGUGCGGGGCUCGAACCCGCGACCCCGACAUGGCGGCCAGCAGCAGCUGCUCCAGCAUGGCCGCCGGCAGCGCCAGCAAGACCAAGACCAAGAAGAAACACUUCAUCGGACAGAAGGUGAAGCUGUUCCGGGCCAGCGAGCCGGGGCUGAGCGUGCUGAUGUGGGGCAUCAAUCAUACGAUUAACGAGCUGAACAACGUCCCCGUCCCGGUGAUGUUGAUGCCAGACGACUUUAAGGCGUACAGCAAGAUCAAGGUGGACAACCACCUGUUCAACAAAGAAAACCUGCCCAGCCGGUUCAAGUUUAAGGAAUAUUGUCCGAUGGUGUUCCGGAACCUGCGGGAGCGGUUCUGUAUCGACGACCAGGACUACCAGAACUCCCUGACCCGGUCCGCCCCCCUCAACAGCGACUCCCAGGGUCGCCUCGGCAACCGGAUCCUGUGCAGCUACGACCACCGGUUCGUGGUGAAGACGGUGUCGAGUGAGGACAUCGCAGAGAUGCACAACAUCCUGAAGAAGUACCACCAGUUCAUCGUGGAGUGCCACGGCAACACGCUGCUGCCCCAGUUCCUGGGGAUGUACCGGCUGACGGUGGACGGGGUGGAAACCUACAUGGUGGUGACGAGGAACGUGUUCAGCCACCGGCUCACCGUGCACCGCAAGUACGACCUCAAGGGAUCCACCGUCUCCAGGGAAGCCAGCGACAAGGAAAAGGCGAAGGAACUUCCCACCUUCAAGGACAACGACUUCCUGAACGAAGGACACAAGCUGCAGAUCGGAGACGACAACAAGAAGCUGUUCCAGGAGAAGCUAAAGCGGGACGUGGAGUUCCUGGCCACCCUGAAGAUCAUGGACUACUCCCUGCUCGUCGGCCUCCACGACGUGGAGCGGGCGGAGCAGGAGGAGAUGGACGUGGAGGCCGGGGCGGAGGAGGAGGACGUGGAGAACGACGGCGUGCUGCCGGGCUCGUACGGGACGCCCCCCGACUCCCCCGGGAACCUCCUGAACUGUGGGGGAUUCUUCAGCCCCGGAGAGUUCGACCCCUCGGUGGACGUGUACGCCAUCAGGAGCCACGACGGCGCGGCCAGGAAGGAGGUUUACUUUAUGGCGAUCAUCGACAUCCUGACGCACUACGACGCCAAGAAGAAAGCUGCACACGCUGCCAAAACUGUGAAACACGGGGCGGGGGCGGAGAUCUCCACGGUGAACCCGGAGCAAUACUCCAAACGCUUCUACGAGUUCAUGUCCAACAUCCUGCUGUAGAGACCCGUCCAGGACCACUGGUCCAGACCCAGCACCACCAGAACCCCCCACCGGUCCAGAACCAGAACCCAGACCCAGAACCCAGAACCCCCCACCAGAACCGGUCCAGCCUGUUACCCCCCCACCAAUCAACC